AUGGUUGAAUUUGUCUCUAUCAAUGGCGCUAAGUUAGCAUACCGCUUAGUCGGACCUGAGAAUGCACCUCUGAUAAUCACCCUGCACGGCGGCCGAGGGUUUGGAGACCAUAAAUCAGACUUCAAAGCAUACUCACCCCUCUCCUCUUUGUAUCGGGUACUUUCCUUCGACUUUCGAGGACAUGGUCAAAGUUCACGAACAGAGCCUUUUACCUUUCAUCAACUAGUUGAAGAUAUUGAGGGAAUACGGCGGCAUUUCCUUGGAGCUGAUCAACCCUGUAUUGUAUGCGGCGGUAGUUUCGGCGGGUUCCUGGCCCAGCAGUAUGCAAUCACUUAUCCAUCUCGAGUUUCAAAUUUGAUUCUUCGAGGAACUGCUCCUUCGCAUCACCAUGAAGAAACGGCUAUUCAUACUCUAGAACAAAGAGCAUCUAAAGCCCCAGGUCUUUCCAUCAAAUUUCUGAAGGAUAAGAUAUUCGGUCGAUUCGAAAGCGAUCUCGAGUUCCAACUCGUCAUGUAUGCAGCUGCGCCGCUAUAUAGCGAGCACUUUGAUCCCGAUAUCGCGUUGAAGCACAACAUUGAGACCGUGUUUUAUGCAAAGUCUCAUAAUGAUCUGUAUUCCGAACAGGAGAAGUAUUUCGAUUAUAGAGAUCAACUUCAUUCGAUCACGGCGAAGACUUUGGUCAUUGUGGGAGAGCGCGAUUGGAUUUGCCCGCCAGAGCAAUCUAAAACUAUUGCUUCGAAAAUUCCAGGUGCGUACUUGAAGGUUAUUGCGAAUGCCAAUCAUGGCGUUCAUCUAGAGAAAAAUGCGGAAGUGAUUGAGCUCAUUAAGGAACAUGUUUUAUGA